AGAACAAAGAACAUCCCCGUUCCUUGACUAUGUGUGGCCAUGUUGGUUUUGAAAGUUUACCUGAUCAGCUGGUUGACAGAUCCAUUCAGCAAGGCUUCUGCUUUAAUAUUCUCUGUGUGGGAGAGACUGGAAUUGGAAAGUCAACACUGAUUAACACAUUGUUUAAUACUAAUUUUGAAGAGCUUGAGUCUUCCCAUUUCUGUCCAUGUGUUAGACUUAGAGCGGAGACAUACGAACUCCAGGAAAGCAAUGUUCGCUUGAAACUGACCAUUGUGAAUACAGUGGGAUUUGGUGACCAGAUAAAUAAAGAAGAGAGCUAUCAACCAAUAGUUGAUUACAUAGAUGAUCAGUUUGAAGCCUAUCUCCAAGAAGAGUUGAAGAUCAAGCGUGCUCUUUUCAACUACCACGACUCCCGCAUCCACGUGUGCCUCUACUUCAUUGCUCCAACAGGCCAUUCUCUACGGACACUUGACCUCUUGACCAUGAAGAGCCUGGACAGCAAGGUGAACAUUAUACCAUUAAUUGCCAAGGCAGAUACAAUUUCUAAGAGCGAAUUGCAGAAGUUUAAGAUGAAGCUCAUGAGUGAAUUGGUCGUCAAUGGUGUUCAGAUCUAUCAGUUUCCAACAGAUGAUGACACUACUGCCAAGAUCAAUGGUGCAAUGAAUGGACACUUGCCGUUUGCAGUUGUAGGAAGUAUGGAUGAGAUACAAGUUGGAAAUAAGAUGGUCAAAGCUCGCCAGUAUCCGUGGGGUAUUGUGCAAGUGGAAAAUGAAAAUCACUGUGACUUUGUAAAGCUGCGGGAAAUGCUUAUCUGCACAAACAUGGAGGACCUGCGGGAGCAGACCCAUACGCGGCACUAUGAGCUUUACAGGCGCUGCAAACUGGAGGGAAUGGGCUUUGCAGACGUGGGCCCGGAGAAAAAGCCCCUCAGUCUUCAAGAGACUUAUGAAGCCAAGAGACUCGAAUUCUAUGGUGAACGUCAGAGGAAGGAAGAAGAGAUGAAGCAGAUGUUUGUGCAGCGAGUGAAGGAGAAAGAAGCCAUUUUGAAAGAAGCUGAACGAGAGCUUCAGGCCAAAUUUGAGCAUCUUAAAAGAAUUCACCAGCAAGAGAGGAUAAAACUUGAAGAAAAGAGAAGAAAUUUGGAGGAAGAAUCAAUUGCUUUCUGUAAGAAGAAAGCUGCCUGCGACCUCUUCCAGAGCCAGUCAUUUUUGGCGACAGGUAGCAGCAUUAAGAAGGACAAGGACCGAAAGAAGUAAGAGUCCUGCUACCCUGUCCUGUGGCCCUGCCCCUCACCUGUGGCUUCCGCCUGUUUGCUCUUCCUUUCCUGUGUUUCCUUGCUCCCUGUCUGCCUCCUGCUGCCAACACUCCAGCAGCUUCAGAGCAGAGACCUUGUCCUUGUUCUUCACUGUCCUUUGAGCAGGCAGAGUAGUGCCUGGCAUGUCCAGGAUCUUCGGUGUUUACAGCGUUAAGGAAUGGCCAGACUCAGACCUCACAGCUGUGACUGUCAGGUGGGGCAGGGUGGGUAGGCGACUGGUAUUUCACAGCCCUGCCGUGGUUCAAGGACACAGCUGAUACCAUGAGUAACUUUGUGUUUUAUGUUUCCCUAGAAAUUAAAUUUUGAUGGACAAUCACUGAAUUAAAUAUCUUAUUAAUAAAACCUUAAUUUUAGGCUCAUUUUAAAAGACUAAUUCUACUAAUCAUUGAUUUUUUUUUUGUGAGAAUUUUUUAUUUUAAUAAGGGAAUCAGGCUAUCAGCUGGAACUCGUGUGCUUUGAACUCAGAGCUGGGGAAAUCAAUGACAGACAUAGAGACGCAGAGGAAGGUAGAGAGGGCCACAGUUCAAGGGGUUGGUGUGAGUAGCAAUUAGAGAUAAUCUCAAACUUAAAGGGUUAGGAUAUGUGUUAAAGUUACCAGUUUUUGAAAAUAAGUUUAUUUCCCUUUUUGAUCGUUUCCUUCAGUACUCUGUGUCCCUUGUUUUAUUCCUCCUACUUUAAACGUCCUUUGUCCACUUCACUGUUUUACUGUCAAGAAACCUGUCAUGAUUUGUUCUGUUGGCAUGUUCCAUUGUGGGUCUUCUGCUCCACCGGCCCCUGUCAUAGGAGGGCAAUGCUCUAAUGUGUUCCCACAGAACAAGAUUCCUGCCUCUGUGAACUCGGUGCCUAUAUUUUGUGUAAUUAUUUGUUGAAAGAAAGAAUGUAUAAUGAUAUAUUUUGAUUGAAGUAUUGGAUUUAAGAUAUAAAUUAUAAAUACAACUUAUUACUAGUUUUACCAUGUUUUAAAUAAAAAAGAGCUCUUUUUACUUUAAUAUUCCUUCAUUGUAAUCUAGUAUAACAAAACAAGAUCCCCCAGUUUUCCCAUAUCUAUCUCCCCAAUAAAAGUGUCCUUCCACUCUC